AAAUCGAUACGUUCGAUACGUUCUCGUGCGCGCUCGAUAUUAUCGUACGACGAUAAAAUAUUUAUUGAACGCAUAUCGACGCGUUUUUAUUUACCUGUCGAGUUAUAUUCGUGUCAAAAUAUAUGCGCUUUUACUCGAUCAGGCUUGAACUUGUCACGUGUGUGGUAGAAUUUGUUGCGAAAAGAGGUUAUGUUUGUUUAUUUCGAGAACUAUGGGCAAAGUUAAAAUAAUUUCGCAGGAAAAAACGCCUGAAUUAAAAGAAACGCGAUUCAAGAAACAAAGAAAAAGAAAUAGUAAUAAGAAAGAAAUAUUAAAUUCCAUAUAUAAAAUAAAUGAGUUAACGAAAUCAAAUGCAUCUAAUAAAAUAGAUAUAUUUACAAAGGUACAAAAUAGUAAAAAGAAAAAGGAACACAAUUCUAAAAAGGAAUUUGCAAAGAAUACAGAAAAACCAAAUAAUUCCACAGAAUAUUCAAAAGAUGGUAAAAAUCCAGACAGUAAAAUAAAAUACAAAAAGAACAAAAGACAAAAACCUAGUCAAACAAGUAAUAAUAUUGCAAAAACUAAUAUGUCUACAAAAAAAAGUAAAAAAUUACAAAUGUCUGCAAACAAAUCAAAUCACUUCAACCAUAGUAAAACAAAAAUUCAAAACAUUGAGAAAAUGAAUAAAAAGAAAAUAAAACAAAUGUCUAGCAAAACAGAGACACAGCUAGUACAAUCUGAGAAAACAUUAAAACUAAAUAAGUAUAAAAUAAAGUUACAUCAAUUAGAAAAAAUGCUUGACGAUAAAUCCAAGGUAAAAAAGGUUGUGCAGCCACUUACAUUGAGAGAUAGAAUGAUGACGCAAUUAAGAGCAUCUAGAUUUAGAUUCAUAAAUGAAACAUUGUACAACAAUGAAAGCUUUCAAUCUAAACAAUAUUUUAAAGAAGAUCCUGAUGCUUUUAAAGCUUAUCAUGAUGGAUAUAAACAGCAGCUCGAACAAUGGCCAGUAAAUCCACUGGAUAUUAUAAUAUCAUCGAUUAAAAAAAUGCCAACAGAAAAUGUGAUUGCUGACUUUGGAUGUGGUGAAGCACUACUUGCUGCUUCUGUUCCUCACAAAGUACAUUCAUUCGAUUUCAUUGCUCUGAAUGACAAAGUGAAAGCUUGUGAUAUGGCUCAUACUCCAUUAUUAAUGAACAGUGUUCAUGUUGUCGUAUUUUGUUUAUCUUUAAUGGGAUCUAAUCUUGCCGAUUAUAUAAUUGAAGCUAACAGAGUUCUUAAAAACAAUGGUACUUUAAAAAUAGCCGAAGUUGAAAGCAGAUUUGAGAAUGUGACAGAUUUUAUAAAACUACUUGCAAAGUAUGGGUUUAAAAGUACAUGGAAGGAUUUAUCUCACGACUUGUUUUAUUUCAUGGACUUUAAAAAAGAAGCAGAUAUAAACAUGAAAAAGAAGAAUCUCCCUUCAAUUAUAUUAAAACCAUGCUUGUAUAAAAAAAGAUAAAAUUUGAUUGUA